AAAUAGCCACGAUUAUUAAAAAAAAAAAAAACGUGUAAUUUUCGACGAAAAUUCAACAUGGCGUCAAGAAUUUAAACAUCGAAUAGGUUAAAGUCGUAAGUCAUAACUUGUUUGUUUUGCUUGUGUUCUGUGGCUCUGUAAUUGUUAAAGUACCUUAAGAGUUAUAAUUGAGUAAACAAUAAAUCACAUUGAAUUAGAGACCAUUUUAUUUGAGAAAUUGUAAUUUAUAAUUAUUAUCAACCAUGUCAGGAGUGUCUUCCAAACACAAACGAAAAAUGUCUGACGAAAAUAGAAUGUUUCAAGACGAAUGGGAAGCUGACUAUUUUGUAGUGCAAAACAAACACGGUUUUGCAACUUGUUUGAUUUGUCGUGAAAGUGUUAUAUUAAAAAAAUAUAAUAUUGCUCGUCAUUUUAACACUAAACAUAAAUCGUUCAAUGAUACUUUUCCUCCAGGAUCUCUCAUAAGACACGAGAAAUUGGCUAUUUUUAAAAAGUCAUUGCAAAAUCAACAAAAUAUUAUGUCUGUGGCAAUAGUACAAGAUGCAGCUGUAACGAAAGCAUCGUAUGAAAUUUGUUAUAUACUUGGUAAACAUAUGAAACCGUUUACUGAUGCUGAAAUUGUGAAGGAAUGUUUUUUAAGCGCUUCCAAUGUACUGUUUGAUAAAUUCAGUAACAAAAAUCAAAUAAUUUCUGAAAUAAAAAAAAUCCAGCUUUCAGAUUCUACCUGUGUUAGACGUAUUGAAGAUAUUGCGAACCAUAUUUGUGAUAACGUAAUUGAAGACUUGAAAAACUGCAAGUUUUUUAGUUUAGCUUUUGACUCUAGCACGGAUAUUUCAGCGACAUCACAAUGCUCGGUUUUUGUUAGAUAUUGUACAGUACAAAAUUCAAUUUGCGAAGAUUUUUUGAAAUUCCUUCCAAUGAAGGGCCAGACCAGGGGCAAAGAUUAUCUCGAUACUAUUUGCAAUUUUCUAGAACAGAACAAGAUAGAUGUAAAAAAAUUAAUUUGUGUGUGUACCGAUGGCUGUCCUUCAAUGACUGGAUCUGAAAAUGGAUUUAUUUCUCUACUGAAACAGAAUUAUGAUUUGACAAAUUUAAUAACAUUUCACUGCAUCAUUCAUCAGGAAAACUUGGCUUCACGUAUUGCUAAUCCUAAAGUAGAUACUGUGAUGAAAACUGUCAUAAAUAUAGUGAAUUAUAUCCGAGCACGAGAACUGAACCACAGAAAAUUUAAAAGUCUUUUAGAGGAAGUGGAUAGUCAAUACAAUGAUGUUCUUUUACAUACCUCAGUACGUUGGCUUAGCAGGGGGAAAGUUCUGGAAAGGUUUUUUUCUUUGCGAAAAGAAAUAAUGCUGUUUUUACAGCAAAAUAAUAAAAUAUACAGUGAACUGCAAAAUAAUGAAUGGUGGUGUAUUGUAGCGUUUCUGUGCGACAUUACAGAGAAGCUGAACAGUCUCAAUACUGGUUUGCAGGGUAAAAAUAAAAUAAUUUCACAGAUGGCGAAUAAAAUAUUUGCCUUCGAAGAAAAAUUAAACAUUUAUUACCAAGAAAUACAGAACAAAAUACUGCGAAAUUUUCCAACCAUGACAAACGCUAAGCAGGACGGUAUUAAUAUUUCUCCAGAAAACUAUACAAUUUUUUCAAAUUAUUUAACUGCGUUAUCUGAGGAAUUUAAACAUAGAUUUCAUGAUCUAAGGAAAAUAAAAAAUAUCCUGUUGCUCAUUGAAAAUCCCUGGCACUUGGAACCGGCAAUAAUAUCAGAAUUGGCUGAUAUAUUUGCAUGUAAUUACGCAGAGCUAUUUGACGAAUUUAUUGAGAUGAAGAACAAUACACACCUGGAAGCUAUUUUUAAAGAAAAAAGAGCGGAAAAUAAUUACGUUGACUUCUGGAAAGUAGUGCCCGAACAAUAUAAGACUGUAAAAAAAUGUGCUCAAAUUUUACUUACGUUGUUCGCAUCAACGUAUCUAUGUGAAACGUCAUAUUCAAAAAUGAAAUAUGCAAAGAACAUAUAUAGAAACCGGCUUACUGAUUCACACCUGGAUGCCGUUUUACGAGUAGCAUGCAGCAGUUACAAGCCUGAUUUAAAUGAAAUUGUGAAAAAAUGUUCGCAAUAUCAACAGUCACACUAAAUUUCUAGGGUAAGUGAAAAAUUAUGUAAGUUUUUUAUUAUAAUUGUUAUGUUGCGGCCCGCGUGUAAUAGCUAUCAUGUGUAUGUGGCCCGAGAAAAAAAAAGGUUGAGUAUGGUGGAUUUAAGGUAUAAGUAGAACAUUUUAUAUAAUAGUAUUAUUAUACUUAUCUUCCAGAACACAUUCAAAUGUUGCAGAAAGUGAAACAAAUGAAAAUAUACAACUAACUGCAUCAGAAAUUUUAGAAAAUAUCACUUGUUCCGAAUCGGCUUUAUGUGAUGUGAAUAUUGAAGAAAUUUCACCAUCACAUUCACAUCCAAAGAAGAGGAAAACAGCUUUUUCAGAUCAAUUACUAAAAGAAAUUACUAAUGUAAAUAGGAAAUUGAAUGACUGUCAAACAAGUCCCUUUGCACUGUAUCUUGACAGUUUGUUGGUGCAAGUGCCAUCAAAUAAAAGACGAGACUGUGAAAGAACACUGAUAGAUGUAGUAAACAGUUUUAUUGAUGCAGA